AAAUGUCAAAAAUGAAUUAGUGGUCAUUUGGGUCAUCUCAUUACCAUACCAACACCGCAUCGUGGUAGGUGCUUCCCUCUCGCUCAUGGCAACUGCUGCUGUAGCCAAGCAUUGUCUUGCACGUUUCAUGGAUUUAGAAUCAGCUAAAUGCAGUCUUUCUGGCCAACCAAUUUCUACCAAGCAAUCACUCCAUCUCUUUCACAAUAUAGAACAGAGAUAUCAGUCAUGUUCAGUGUCCAUGAAUGGGUGCCAAAGUGACCCGAGAGUGCCCAUUGGGACCAUUGAAACUAAAACAUUUCCAGCAUUACCGUCUCCUGCAAUGGCUAUGGAGACUCUCAAUUUUGCAAUUUCUGAUAUUAAAGCUAAUCCUCCACUUUUGACUUCAGGGAUUAUACGUCUCCAGGUACCAAUCAAACAGCAAAUUGAAGCAAUUCAAUGGCUCCAUGCACAGCACGACCUUCUUCCACGCUGCUUCUUCUCAGGCAGAAGCAGAAGAAAGGAUGACACCGAUCUUUUCCUAGACUUCAACGGUGGAAAUGGCAGUGUCCAUAAUUUAGUGAGUGUAGCUGGUGUAGGCUCUGCUGUCCUUUUUACGCAUAUCCAUCCUUUCUCCUACAAUGACUGGAAGUCCAUAAAGAGGUUCUUAUCAGCCAAAUGUCCUUUGGUUCGUGCUUAUGGUGCAAUUCGAUUUGAUGCAAUGGCUAACAUAUCAUCUGAGUGGGAAUCCUUUGGUUCAUUUUACUUCAUUGUUCCUCAGGUUGAGUUUGAUGAGCUUGAAGGAAGUUCGAUGCUUGCUGCAACUAUUGCUUGGGAUAAUGCCCUUUCAUGGACAUGGGAACAAGCCAUUGAUGCACUUCAACUUACCAUGAGUCAGAUUUCUUCUACCGCUGUAAAGUUGUGUAAAGAAUUCAGUAGAACAUUCAUUUUGAACAUUAAUCACUUUCCCAGUAAGACUUACUGGGAUCUUGCCGUGAAGAGAGCUUUGCAGAUAAUAAAUAGAAGAAGCUCACCUCUCACAAAGGUUGUACUUGCACGUAGUAGCAGAGUUGUAACUGCUAACGACAUCGAUCCCAUAACAUGGUUAGCUUGUUUGCAGGUCGAAGGAGAGAAUGCUUAUCAAUUUUGUCUUCAGCCUCCUAAUAGUCCAGCAUUUAUUGGGAACACGGCAAAGCAACUACUUCACAGAAAAUGGUUAGGAGUUAGUAGUGAGGCACUGGCAGGAACCCGUGCCAGAGGCGGAUCAAAGGCUCUAGAUCUUCAAAUAGAGCUCGAUUUACUUUCCAGUCCCAAGGACCAUCUUGAGUUUGCCAUAGUCCGAGACAGCAUAAGAAGAAAAUUAGAGGCAGUGUGUAGCAGAGUUGUAAUUGAACCGAAUAAAGCAAUACGAAAAUUCUCAAGAGUCCAACAUUUGUAUGCUCAGUUGUCAGGAACAUUAAGGAGUGAAGACGAUGAGUUCGACAUCUUGUCUUCUCUUCAUCCAACUCCUGCAGUUUGUGGAUUUCCAACAGAAGAGGCACGCCUUUUAAUUGCAGAAACUGAAGUAUUUGAUAGAGGAAUGUAUGCUGGUCCUGUUGGCUGGUUUGGAGGAGGAGAGAGUGAGUUUGCUGUUGGCAUCAGGUCAGCAUUGGUAGAAAAGGGCUUUGGUGCAUUGAUCUAUGCUGGGACAGGGAUAGUAGAGGGAAGCAAUCCAUCUUUAGAAUGGGCUGAACUGGAACUGAAGACAUCUCAGUUUGCUGGACAGUUCUCCAAAUUGCUUAUAACGUGAGAUCCCAACAAGG